UAUGGGGUAAUCGAGUGAUACUCAUCGAGUAAUUGAGGUGGGAGCGAGUACCCGUCUACUGGCUGCACAGGUGCGCGCAUUGUAUUUCCUGUUUCAGUGACUGUUUUUGGUUGUCAAGGGUCAAGAGAAAUAUUUUGAACCAAAUGAACUGUAAUGUGACAGUGUUUGUAAGUUAACAAACGCUGAGAGUGAGACCAUAAUCAUAAUGACGCACCAAAGACAAAGUGGAGUUGCCAGUGACAAGAAUAUUUGAUUGGAGAAUUUAGAUAACCUCUCGUAAAAACCUCUCGUACAACCUCUCGUAAAAAAUUAAGAAAAACAUCCAGCAGUCAUGAGUGAGCGACUAAAAUACAUCGUGCAAGAGCUAAACAAACCUCCAUUCACCAAAAACUAUAACCUGAUAAGCUUUGAUGCCUUGGAGCCAAUGCAGCGACUUCAGGUUCUCAAUGAUAUAUUUGCUGAACUUGAUCCAAAGAACAAGCUUGACAUCAGACAAGAGGCUGCAGAUCAGACGGCUGUACGCAUGUUUGCAGUACUGCGGGCUCUCAAAUACAAACCAGAAGAAGAUGUGAAUACCUUCAGGCAGGGUUUGGUGCAGGGAGACAAAUCGGUUGUCUACGCGAUCAUGCAGUGGUGUUUCCAGCGCAUGCCCGAGCUCAAGCAGCGAGCCUACCUGGCCAAGUUCCUAGUCAAGACUGAAGUCCCGCCUGAAGUCCAGCAAGAUGACGAGGUUCACAUGGUGACGGGGCAGUAUAGUGAGCUCAUGGAGACUUUCAAAGAGGUGCACAAGGAUCAUGAGGCUCUAGCAAGUAGUGGAUUUUCUACAGCUGACAUCAAGAAAGACAUUGAAAACAUGGAUGAAGAGAAAGAGCAGAUAACUAAGAGAGUGGAACGUGUGAAGAAAAAGGUAGAGAACACACCCAACAAGGAUGCGAUGCUUGGAGUGGCAAGGAAUCUUAGGACAGAGAAGGAGAGAGAGGUUGAGCUGACAAGUCAGAGACAGGAGCAGACUAAUGCUCUGAUGCUGGCAGAGCAACGAACCCAACGAAUACAGCAGCAGCUGAAAGACAUGAGACACGCUGGAAUAAAGACGACACCAGAAGACCUGAUGCAACAGCUCGAGGAAGAAACAAAAACAAAUCAGUACCUCGUUGAGCAGAAGUAUCCAAAGGAGAUUGCCUCGCUGCAGGCCAUAUGCACAGAUCUUCAGAAGGUUGCUUCCGUGCCAGCGAUGGGACAAUCCGACCUGGAUGAAUUAAACAAAAUGAUAAAAGAUCUUAAUGCCCAAAUAAAUCAGCUAAUUGAGAAAAAGAUGUUGGAAACAAAUGAUCCCGAAGACAAAACUGCACUAUUUAGACAACAGGCUGCGAUGGUGUCCCGUAAGAAGGAAGCAGCAGCAAACAAGCUAGAGGAAGCCCGACAUGAGCUUUCCCAGUUGGAGACAGACCUCGAAGAGAAGAAAUCUUCGUUGAAAGAACUAGACGUUGGAGACGUGCUGCGAGGAGAUGAUUUCAAGCGCUACGUGGCGAAGCUUCGGGUGAAGAAUAACGAGUACAAGAAGAAGCGCACUGAGCUGUCUGAGGUUCGCGCAGAGGUCGGCAUACUCACACGCAGCGAGGAAAUACUGAGGGAGCGAGACGGCGAGAUCAUGACAGACCUGAGACGUUCAGAGGAGAAACAUGGAGUGGCUGGUUUUACUGACACACAGGAGGAAUUGGAGCAAGUGUCUGCCGUCAAAAGUCAGUUGGAUGAAGAGAAAGGCAAAACCCUGGAAAAUAUAUCAGGGAUGGUCCAGGAACUGCAUGCUAAGAUUGCAGGAAAGAAGACAUCUCUUACACCUAUUAUCAAACAGCUACGGCCAAUGCGACAGAAAUGCCAGGAGCUAACCCAUGAGUUUGAUGACAAGAAGGCAACGUACGAUGCACUCGCCACCAAGCUAGAGAGCAGUCGCUCACAGCUAGAGCAGGAUGUAAAAUCUCUGUGGGAUGAGUAUAAUGGUUUGGAGUCGAAAUUCCACCUGCUGAGCUGUCAGGGAGAGAUAUUGUCAGUGCAGGAGAGGAAGGUGGAGUCUGAGAUACAAGCAGCCCUGGAUCCACAGGCAAAGAGAAACUCAUUCAGAGAGCAGUACAACAGGGUUAUAGCCGAGCAAGAGGCUGUAGGAAAGCAGCUAAGGGAAAAACAGAAGUCAAUCCGAGAUAACCACGAUGGAAACGUGAAACAGGUGAAGAUGUGGACGGAUUUUCUUCACCUGAUGGAGGGUAAGCAGCGCAUCUCAGAACAACAUCUGGAAGGGAAGGGAGACAUGUCCCACGUCAGCUCAUCCGCUGGAAAUGAGUCUGCAGAUCGCUUCGUUCUCUAAAGACGUUUGCAUUCAUUCACCUCUAAAUGCAUUCCAACUAAUGUUCACUUUGCUGCAGUAAUGACUACUAGAUGUGUUUCAACUGUGAGUAUGGUAGUUUACAUAGCCAAAUGGAUUGUUGGCAACAUCGUUAAAUUAGUAAUCUCUGGCAUUAAAAUAAUGCAUUUAGUUUUCACUAUGGUUGACGAGUAAGUACUAGUUGACUAGUAGUUUCUGUAGAUAUUUUAUUGAAUUGAAAUUGGUUAAUAUUUUCCAUAUGUGUAAAUGUCACAAGCAAAUGAGUCUGUGGGCAUUCAUAGGUUCAUUUUUAGUUAAGUCUGACUCGGUGAGUUAUAUGAUUUAAGAGCAUUUUGUUGCUUCUGUGUGCUUAGUCUUACAUUUGCAAAGUGCAGGUUGUGUUAGAAAUGUCGCAUGUAACUUACGUGCAUGCAUUCUGGUAUAACUCCAACCUAUUGCGAGCUGUGAUACUGUCAUGAGUUGCAUUGUACAAUCAUUCCGUCCACAUAGUCGUGCUUAUCGAUUUGAACUGUCACACUAGAGUGAGCAAAUAUAGAUAUAUUAAAAUAUCUUAAUAAACCAUGUGAAAAGUUUUCACACACUAGCACGAA